AUGACAGAACCCACCCAAGCCUUGGCACUCUCAUCAUCAUCACAACAAGAAAAGACCACACAAAAUGCCGAAUCGAUGGAUGUUGCUUCGGACAACAACAAGUCCACUACGCUACAAAAAAGCAAAAAGGUGAAGAAGGAGAAAACCACUGCCGUUGCAACCGAGAAUACUCAAAACGGUGGUACCGAUGAGAAGAAGGAAGGGAAAAGAAAGCAAAAAACCAAGAAGACUUCCAAGAAAGAUGAAGGUGCUGAAAAUGGACAAGUCGUAAAUGGAGAUGAAGCUCAAACGACAUCUGAUGAAGCUCAGCAACAACCCCAAGAGAAGAAGAAGUUUGCAACUAGCGAAGAGUUAUCCACCAGAAUUUCCGAAAUCAAGGCUAAGCUAUCGGAACAGCCAAAAGAGCAAGAAGUGCAAGAGAAAAUUAAAAAAAUACAAAAGAGUAUUGAGGACAAGCAGGACCAUAUUGAAAAGAUUCAUCAAAAACUUUCGAAAGUGAUUGACAAUUUAAAGCGUUUAGAUGAACAAAAGAAGGCUACAUUUGAUGAGGUAAACAAAUACAAGGACAUUAUGAAUCAAAAUCGUAAUGACAAGGACCGUAUCCAAAUUCAAAUCAACCAAAUUGAACAGGAAAUUGUAGAAUUAAACGAGACCAUUGAUGAAUCUGGUAGUGAUAUCAAGGAAACCAAAUUUAGAAACGCUAGAGAAAUUGAGGCUGAAAUCAAGUAUCUCGAUGAAAAACAACAAACAGAAACUCUGUCCAUGAAGGAGGAGAAGGCAUUAAUUGCCAAGAUUAAGAAACUUAACACCCUCAUGAACAAUUUUGAAAAGAUUUCAGAACUGAAAAAACAAGUCAAGGAGAAAAUUGAGGCUAAGAGACUCCUCUCUCAACAAUUAAGAGAACUCAACGAGUCAGUCAAAGAAAAAGUUGAUGAGCGUCAACAACAUUUCAACCAGCUUGAUGAAAUUUCCAAAAAGAAAGCAAUUGCGUUAGAAGAAAAGAAACAUUUAGAAUCACAGCUCAAAGCUCUCAAGAAGGAGGUCAAGACUCUUUUCGAUGAGAAUUAUCAACAUCAAUCCUCUUUAAGAAAAUCGUCAUCUUCACAAAAGAAGCUCACAGAAACCCUUCACAAAUUGCAAGACCAAUUAACCAGACAAAAACAAUUUGAGCAAAAGAAAAAACAGCAUCAAAAACGAAUGGAGGAGAAGCAAGCUCGUGAAAAAGAGUUGAAAGAAUCUACCCAACAAUGGGAACAAGUACAAGAGAAGGAGCCAGAAAAUCCAUAUGAAGAGGAAAUCAAAGUUUGUGAUGCUCUCCUUGACUACUUACAAAAGUUGAGAACCAACAAAAAGCUCCGUACUCACAAGAUUGAUUUGUCGUCACUCCAAAAUACCAAACAAAAACAACCAGCCAUUUCUCUCCAAACCCUCAACCAUCCAGUUGACAAAUUCAACCAAUUCAGCGCAUUGCGUGUCACUGUACCUCGAACUAUUGAAGAUGUUCCUCAAACCAUCGAAGCAAUUGAGAAAUUACGUCGUUUCUACAAGCCCAAACCAGCCCAAACCUCAGAAAAGAUUGAUGUAGUUUCCAUUUUUGCAAACUUUGCCCCAAUUACAACUGUAGAGACUAGUGCAACCGCAAACAUUGUAGAUAUUUUGGAUGAAUGA